AUGAUAGAUGAAAUUCCGGGAAAAGACAUUGAUGUGUUAUUAGAUAGUGAUCAUCUUGAUGAUCACUUCGGUUUAUUGAAAUAUCAUGAUGAAUUUGAUAUACAAAAUGAAACAGAUUGCACAUGGUUGCAAAACUCUUUAAAAAAUACAUUUCUAGCGGAUCCAAGCAGGGCAAUAAUAAUAAUUGUCCAUUUCAUGAUUCAUAUGCUUAUGAUAACGUGGAAAAAUUUUUAG